GAGCAGGGACCCAGCCCCGCCGCGCCGCCCGCACCUUUCCCCAGCCUUCUCCCAGCAGAGGGGAGGCCCGGCAGGGAGAGGUCCCAUCCUCAUGAACGGUCGCAAACAGGGCCCUAAGGAAGCACGGGCGACCCCUGCAGUCCCCGCGCUCCAGGAUUCGGCCGCCAGCGCGCGUCCUGCCUCCCGCAGAUAGCACUGGGGCGCAACCGGGCUCCCAGCUCCAGGCGACGCCAGCGAACAAGCCCCAGCGUUGCGGGCGCGCGCAGACGCCAGCGUGGUGGAGACGCGGUGGCGCGCGCGGCGGCGAGACUGCCCGGAGACGUUUCGCAACACCGAGAGUCUCAGCGUUUCUCGAGAUAGGUGAGGCUGGGCGUUCCGGAAGUGGUUUCCCGGAAGAAGCAUGUCUGCGCCCGCGAUCCGGCCGGAAGUUGCACGCUGAGCCGCGGACACCAUGCAGUCGGAUGAUGUUAUCUGGGAUACACUAGGAAACAAGCAAUUUUGUUCCUUCAAAAUAAGAACCAAGACUCAGAGCUUCUGCCGAAACGAAUAUAGCCUGACUGGACUGUGUAAUCGGUCAUCCUGUCCCCUGGCAAAUAGUCAGUAUGCCACUAUUAAAGAAGAGAAAGGACAGUGCUACUUGUAUAUGAAGGUUAUAGAACGAGCAGCUUUUCCUCGGCGUCUUUGGGAACGGGUCCGGCUUAGUAAAAACUAUGAGAAAGCACUGGAGCAAAUAGAUGAAAAUCUGAUUUACUGGCCCCGUUUCAUUCGACACAAAUGUAAGCAGAGAUUCACCAAGAUCACCCAAUACCUAAUUCGAAUUAGAAAACUUACACUAAAGCGACAGAGGAAACUUGUUCCUUUGAGUAAGAAGGUGGAGCGUAGGGAGAAAAGAAGAGAGGAAAAGGCAUUAAUAGCUGCUCAGCUGGACAAUGCCAUUGAGAAGGAAUUACUGGAGAGACUGAAACAGGAUACGUAUGGCGACAUCUACAACUUCCCCAUUCAUGCCUUCGACAAGGCCCUGGAACAACAGGAGGCAGAGAGUGACUCUUCAGAUGCUGAGGAAAAAGAUGAUGAAGAUGAUGAGGAGGAAGAUGUGGGGAAAAGAGAAUUUGUCGAAGAUGAUGAGGUAGAUGAGAGUGACAUAAGUGAUUUUGAGGAUAUGGAUAAACUGGAUGCCAGCAGUGAUGAAGAUCAGGAUGGUAAAUCCUCCAGUGAGGAGGAAGAAAAGGCCCUUAGUGCAAAACACAAAGGCAAAACGCCCUUGAGAGGACCACUGCGGAGAAAACGAGCCUAUGUGGAAAUAGAAUAUGAGCAGGAGACAGAGUCCAUGGCCAAGGCCAAAACCACGUGAUUUCCCUUUCAACAUUUAUACCCAGGACUGAACAUGCAGAACUGUUUCUUUUUUUAAAAAAAAAAAAAAAAACACAUACACACCUCCAGUUUUUGCUCUUCUGUGUUGUGUUGAACACAAUAUUUGUGUUUUUAUUAUUUAUGCCACGUCAGUGGGGCAAGAAAUCUGGAGUGAGUGAAGAAAGCUAAGUUGUGAACAAGAGUAUUUUUAUAGCAUAUGUGUUGAAGUAACAGCUUGUGCCCGAGAAACUUAACAGAUGAGUUCUUGGAUCUGGGAUGAGAUGACGGAUGUAAAUAUUUCUAAAUUUUAAA